UCUGGUCCUGGCAUUGCUGUUUUCUGCACUUCCUCCCUCCCCCUCUAUCACAACAAAACGCUGCAAUAUCGUUACGGAAAGAAGAGAAAAGUUUCACUGAGGGACCAGAGUGUGUCUGUCUCUGUGAGAUCCCUGCCUUCCCUGUUAACUUGGGACAGCGUAAGAAUUUAGCAGUCACGCAAAAUCGCCUGUUGCCUUUUCCAACAACUGAUUGCUUUCUGUCGAGGAUUUCUGUCUUGUAGAGUUUCUCCGGUUACGGUAGGUAUGACCAAGAGUAACGGGGAGACUCCACGCCCGCGGAGCCGCGCGCAGCUGAUCAGAGACGGCAUCCAGCAACGGUCACUCAGCGCGCGGAAGAGAGUGGAGAACAUCACUCGCGAUGACAUUAAGGGCUUCUUCAUUAGGAAUGCUUUUGUCAUCUUCACGGUGACUGCUGUCAUCGCGGGUAUAAUUCUUGGCUUUGCCCUGAGGCCAUAUGAAAUGUCGUAUCGUGAAGUGAAGUAUUUUUCCUUUCCUGGGGAGCUCCUCAUGCGCAUGCUGCAGAUGCUAGUGCUCCCCCUGCUGGUGUCCAGUUUAAUUACAGGCAUGGCCGCUCUGGACAGCCGUGCGUCGGGGAAGAUGGGGAUGCGGGCGGUGGUCUACUACACCACCACUACAGUCAUCGCUGUUUUUAUUGGGAUAGUCAUGGUCCUGAUCAUCCACCCGGGAAGAGGCUCAAAGGAUGAGUUCAGCCGCCAGCAGACCAUUGAACAAGUCAGCCCUGCCGACGCCUUCCUCGACCUGAUCCGAAACAUGUUUCCCCCAAAUCUGGUGCAAGCAUGUACCCAGCAGUUUAAGACGCAGUAUGGAAAACGAGUGGUGACUGUGAAGGUGACGGUGAACAACACGGUGUUCAGCGUGACGAACGGUUCGGAGGAGCUGACGCGUGAGGAGCUGAUUCCUGAGCUGAGCACGGUGAACGGGAUCAAUGCCCUGGGCCUGGUGGUCUUCUCCAUGUGCUUUGGCCUCAUCAUCGGAAACAUGAAGGAACAGGGGCAGCCACUGCGGGAUUUCUUCGACUGUCUUAAUGAAGCUAUCAUGAGAUUAGUGGCCAUUAUCAUGUGGUAUGCUCCGAUUGGUAUCCUCUUUCUCAUUGCUGGGAAGAUUGUGGAGAUGGAGGAUCUAUCACACAUGGGGGGACAGCUGGGGAUGUACACCAUCACAGUCAUUACUGGACUCCUCAUCCACGCCACCGUGGUUCUGCCCAUGCUCUACUUCAUCAUCACCAGGAAAAACCCCUUUGUCUUCAUCGCCGGGUUACUGCAGGCCCUUGUCACUGCUCUGGGCACCUCGUCCAGUUCUGCGACCCUGCCCAUUACCUUUAAAUGUCUGGAGGAGAACAAUAAUGUGGACAAGCGUGUGACUCGCUUCGUGCUGCCCGUGGGCGCCACCAUUAACAUGGACGGCACGGCGCUGUACGAGGCCCUGGCUGCCAUCUUCAUUGCUCAGGUCAACGGCAUGGAUCUGAACUUUGGCCAGAUUCUCACCAUCAGCAUCACAGCAACAGCAGCCAGUAUUGGUGCAGCUGGAAUCCCACAGGCUGGCCUGGUUACCAUGGUGAUAGUGCUGACCUCAGUUGGACUGCCCACUGAUGACAUCACCCUCAUCAUUGCUGUGGACUGGUUCCUGGACCGUCUGCGCACCACCACAAAUGUUCUGGGAGAUUCCAUCGGUGCUGGGAUCAUUGAGCAUCUCUCCCAGCAUGAGCUCCGCACCAAGGACGCUGAGAUCGGAAACUCCACCUCGGAAGAGAAUGACACCAAGAAACCAUACCAACUCAUCUCCCAGGAGAGCGAAUUUGAGAACGAAAAAAAAGUGUCAGAUAGUGAAAGCAAGAUGUAGGACCCUAGCUUUUAUGACACAGAAAUGCUGGUUAGGGUCUGGAGGCAUGUGUGUGACUGUUAAUAACAUACAUCUGACUCCUCUCAGUAAAAAUGAGCAGUGAAUCACGCUGCCUAUCGCAUCAAUGUGUAGAGGUGUGGAGAGACAGGAGUGACUCUUCCCUCUGUACAGUUUAGUCCUGUUUGAAACCAUUAACAGACCGGACCUGCACACACGUGUCCAGUUUUUACAGGGUGCCUUACUAGAGUCCUGUGUUAGGCUGAAACGUAAUUCUACUCUAUGUAUCUGUCUGUGAUUUUUUAAAUAAUGUAUUUGGUAAUUGGAAUAAUCGGUUCUGGGAAAACAAGAGAAUUUGAUGUAACAGUGGACUACCAAUGUUGUUUUAUAGAUGCCAAGAUUUUUCUAGACAAAUUAAAGUUUGAGCCGAAGCAUUAAAGCAUUUUGGACAAGUGUGGACCAUA